UUAAAUUAAAUGAUGAUUAAUCUUUUCCGUAUUUUAUAAAUAAAUCCUUGCACUUCACACUUGGAAUUAUAUUAUUUAAAUAAUAUAUGAGCUACAUACAUAAUUAAAAUAAUUAUUUCUUUGUUAAAUUCGCGGUAUUAAAUAAUAAAAUAAAAUAAAUAAUGUUUCAUAUAAAUUUAUAAUCUUAUUGUUUCAAUUGAUAAAGGUGAGAUUCGUCUGAAAAUUUAAUCGCUUUUAUUGAUAAUAGAUUAAAUAUAUAUACAUAUAUCUAUGUAUAUUUAUCAAAUUAUUAUUGAGGUAAAGGUGAGGCGGCGAGAAUAUUUGCGGAGAGUAAAGUAAAAAACAAAAGUUUAUUUGAGUUUAAAUGGGCAAGUUAGACCCCGCGGCCGUUGCGCAGGUAAGUUUAUAAUACUUUCAGUUUUACUAUGGAUUUUUUUCGAUGACUUCACUGGUCGCGUCGGGAAUGAGUAUGGGUUUUUCUUCAAUUGGAUUACCUGUUUUGACGAGUAACUCGUCGGGUUUUAAUACUCUGGCACUUUUGAAUGGACAUGAGGAUGCGGCAACUUGGUUUGCAUCAAUUAUUUCCAUCGCGAUCCCAUUUGGCUGCAUCGCCAGUGUCUUUACCAUGAGAGCCGGUAGAAAAAUCGCAAUGAUCAGUUCCGGGGCCAUUUCACUUCUAGGAUGGAUUUUAAUUGCAACGAGUUACAGUAUCCCCCAACUUCUAAUCGGCAGAUUCAUCACGGGAUUCGCUACCGGACUAGGGUCAAUUGCGGCUCCUGUUUACGUCUCAGAAAUAGCUGCGCCAAAAUACAGAACAUCUCUGACAGCAGCCACAAAUGUUUUCAUCAGCUUCGGAAUCUUACUGAUAUAUUUCUUCGGAUACAUAAUUCCCAACAACUGGCGCCUGGUUUCGGCGGUCGUCGUGAUUCUUCCGAUCUUUUCGAUGACCAGCAUCAUCUUUUUCCUGCCAGAAAGUCCCAGAUGGUUGCUGACCAAUGGGUCCGAAGCCGAAGCCAAAAGUUCUCUGCUGACUUUGCGCGGAUUGAAUUUUGAAACGAACGAAUUUUUGAUCGAAUUCGACCAAAUGAUUGUCUACCAUGGAACCGGUACCAAAGUAUUCACUUCCGGUGGUCAGAGUAAGCCGACCAAAGUGCUCACAAAAAUAAAGGAAAUAUGGGACGCUUUGAAAAAACCGGAAGUCUGGAAGCCGUUUUUGAUCCUGAAUACUUUCUUUUUGCUGCAACAAUUCUGCGGAAUUUAUGUCGUGAUCGCUUACGCGGUUGACAUGGUCGUCAAAAGCGGAAUCGCGAUGGAUCCUUUCAUGGUCACAGUAUUGAUAGGUCUGACCCAAACCAUCGCCGCGGUUGUGAUCACGAUUUGUAGCUCUAGGAUGGGCAGAAAAUUGGCGUCGAUUAUCUCGGCUACAGGAAUGUCGGUGUCGUUGGCUGUCUUAGCGAUUUGCCUCAAUUUCGAAGUGGAAAACUCAGUGAUUCUAUUGGUCGCUUUGUUUACUUUCAUUGCCACUGGAUCAUUCGGAUUUUUGCCGCUACCUUGGGCGAUGAUCGGCGAAUUAUAUCCCACUAAAUACGUCAACUUUCUCGCCCCCAUAACGGCAUGUAUCGAAGGUUUCCUUAAUUUCGCCUCAAUUCAAAUUUACCCGCCGCUGGCAAAGUGGGAUUUCACUGCCACUAUAUAUUUAUAUUGUUCUGUAUCCAUAGUGUCAAUAUUGUUCAUUGUUUUAAUCCUACCCGAGACUCACGGGCGCACCAAAACGCAAAUUGAACAUAAAUUUAAGUCAUAAUCACCUUCAAUCUCAUAUUUAUUUUAUUUAAUACAAUAAAUCUUAAUUACCUAUUUGCUGUGUAUAUAUACAUUUUUUUCAUUUUUCCAUACACUAGCGCCCUCAUGAUGAAACGUCACGUACUUCAUUCAAGUUUUUUA